AUGACCUUGAGGUUAGCAGACCCAACGGGUCAUGUGGAUGUGGGAGACGCUGCACUAGUUCGACUAUCAGUCGACGAAGUGCACGACCCUACAACAGGAGCACUUCUACAAGCUGCAAUUCCCUCAGGAGUUCAAGCUCUUCUACAUGCACUCAAAUCAGCGUUUGGAGAGGCGGAGCAGCUUCAAGCAACUCGUGCCCUCGAGCUGUUCUUUGAGUUCAAACGUGGAAAACUUCCGAUACCGGAGUGGUCAGUGCAGUGGGAACUCAACUACGAGGAAGCAGCUCUUCAUGCAGGACUUGAGGUGAAUCCAGUGGCCAAGACCUACUUGUACCUGAAGUCAAGCCAACUCGGACAGAAGGCCAUUGACGACCUCCUGCUGCAGGCACACGCCGACAUGCGGCGCUUUGAAGAGAUCAGAACGUUGCUCCUUCGGAUGGCUCAUCCUCAUGCUGAUCAACCAGGAGUUCUUUAUGAAGAAGCUGGACACCAAGCAUACUAUGGCGAUGAUGCUGAAUCGACCUCAUGGAGCACCGUCACAGACCCUCGACAUGAAGAAUGGCAUGAUGACGAUCUCUACGCCUGGUAUGAGGACUGGUAUGAUGGAGACGGCAACUACUACGAGGACUACCUCUACGACCAGGAGGAAUGGCCUGACUCUUGGUAUGAGUCUGGAUUCGAUGAAGAAGGUCCUGCAGAACAAGCUGAUGGAGAUCCCACGGAAUCCAAUGCCAAUGACGAGACCUUUUACAAGGGCAAAGGAAAAUCCAGAGCAAGCACAAUGGGCUUGGGGUGUUCUACAUGUGGCUCCAAAUGGCACAACACCCACAGCUGUCCUUUGAACGACCAGUCCAAGGGCAAGAACAAGGGCUAUGGAAAGUCCAAAGGUUAUGGAAAAGGACAUGGCAAAGGCUUUGGAAAACCCUUCAGAAAAGGAUUCAACAAAGGCAAAGGAUACGGCAAGAAAGGCAAGAGCUACUCCAAGAAGGGCUACGGGAAGCGUGGCUUUUGGUCCGAAGAACUUCCUCGUGGCUACCAGGACUACUAUGGUGGAUCCUACUUGAUGAACUUCAAGGACUCUCCAAAGAACACCAUGGCGGCUUCUUCGAGCUCUACGCCCAUGCAGAAUGUCAUCAAGCUGGACUCACCGCAGAAGGAGGAGCUCUUGACAGGCAAGAAAGUCCGCUUCGAGGACAAGAUCCAAACAACGGAGGCUGAUGAGAAGGUCAACAAGACUUUGAACUUUCCAGAGAUUGCCACAGAGAACCACGACCUCUACCACGUCGUUCGUGGCCAAAGAGUUUGUGGCCUACUUGUAGAUCCAGGUGCCGCCAGUGGACUUGUGGGAACCGAGACACUUCGGGAGCUCAUGGAGGCGAUUCCUCAAGCCGACCACCACAAGAUCACCUGGGGCCCAUCGACUACUUCAGUCACUGGCAUUUCUGGUCAGAGUGAUUCAACUUUGGCCCGCAUCAGCCUGCCGAUCGACAUCAACAACGACGCUCCUGCGAGCUACACAGCCGACCUGAUCGGUGGCCAAGGAUCUCUAUGUCCUGCCCUCUUGCCGAGCACUUCGCUGCGACAGAUGCGCUCUGCAGUCUUCACAGAAUGGUUUGACAACGGUGAUGGCAUGAUGGCUUGCUCUCCCAAUGGACUUCGACUUGACCAUCCUGAUGCCAAUUUGGUGAUCAUGCGCAUCGUCCUCACAGAGAGCGGCCACUACAUCAUACCCAUCAACCAGCAGAGCGAGUAUGACAUCAGCGAUGAUGACAAGAUCAACAUCAAGAAGAUGCUCCAGGGAAACUCAAAGCCCUACCAAACGACAACACUGGAGCAGACUGGAAACAACAUCGACGACACAGAGAACCUUCUCAAUGGCGACAAGAACCAGAUUCCUUGCGACUCCCAAGACAAGCUUCAAUUUGCAACUGACGAAGCAGCUGGCAACUUGUCCUCUUUGGGAAAGACUACAACAUCGACUACGAUGAGUCCACCACGGAGUAUGCUGGUGACAUCUUUCCUGGGCAUAGAAGAUGGCAAACUUCGCUACUUGCAGAAGAUGUACAAGGCCAUCCCAGAAGAAUUCUACUCCAAGCAGAAGGAGGUCCCUGUCACUCCAUGCAACGCCCGUUCAUGGGCCAAGAAGCAGAAGGGCAAGAAGUUCCACUUCUGGGAAUGGUGCUCAGGCUCUGGACGCCUCAGCCUACUUGCACUUCUUUCUGGACUUUGUGUGCUUUUCCCAAUCGACUAUCGAUAUGGCUGGGAUCUUGGAUUGCCUGAACAUCAACGCAUCAUCUACGAGGUCGAGCCGGACAUUGGCGGUGGACCUGAUGUGCUGUUCUACAGCCCGACAUGUCGUCCCUGGUCGAUCUCCUCAACCAAACGUGACCUGGACCAGACGCAGCGCGAGAGAGCUGCUGAGAUGCCCACCAUCGACUACAUCAAGAAGAAGUUCAAGAGACGAUCCAAAGAAAAGCAAGGCAACGUGCUUGAACAACCAUGGUCCAGUGCACUUUGGAGCCAAUUGGAAGAUCUUCCUGGUGAACGCUUCAGGACCGACCAAUGUCGAUACCGAGCUCAAGACGAAGAAGGCAAUCCCAUCCUGAAGCCAACUGGCUUCCAAGCUGACUUUCAUCUACGACAAGCUGUCUCGAGAUGCAAUGGUCAUCAUGGCCGAAAACAUGGAUGGCUACAAGGUGCUGUCGCUGGCAUGAACCGCACAACGAUGGCAGCUGUCUAUCCUGAGCAACUUUGCCGAGCACUCAUACGAGAUGUGAAGAAGUUUCUCUCCUACAAGAACACUGUGGAGGACUACUACAAGUGCCAACGUUGCUCUAUGGGCAGAGCUGCAACAGCUGACAUGGAACACUCGUUCCUUCCUGGUGAAUGCCGCUACGGCAAAUGGCCUGAGGGAGAAGGACCUCGUGAACGGAAACGACUAGAACGAGAACAACAAGAUCAGGACAACAUCUUUGAGAACUUCCGCAAAGAGGCACUGAGAAAUCCCAAGGUCAUGCAAGGAAAGCUGGCAGCUCACCCAAGCAUCUCCUUCGACAGCGAGCAAACUGCGAUCCUCAAGAUGUGCAUCAUCAACUUGCUGUCUUCAGCUGUGGACAAGUUCGACAAGACUGAGAAGAAGAAGGAUGACCAAAGCUAUGUGCAUUGGCUGGAAGAUCCUACCUCACUUGGAUGGCUUCAGCGAAUCCUCAAGGACUACAUGAGAGUUCAAGGUGCCAUGGCAUGUCUUCAACCUUGGAGCACACCAACUCCUGAGCCUCAACUUUCAGUUGAUGAAGCCCCACUUCGACUACUUCUUCGAGGCUCCAUCGAAAGUUGGAAGAUUGGACAAGUUGAAGACCUUCGCACUUUGUCGCUCAGCCAAUGGCACGAACCCAUUGAGUUGGAUGAGGACUGGCUCAUUGCCUUCUUUGGUGCUGACCCAGAAGGUGAACCAACUACAUCCUCUUCUGCGUCUUCCAUCAAGGCCAUCAAGGACAAGGAUGCCGAUGAUGAUCCUGGUGGAGAACUUGCUCUACUACCACAACCUGAACUUGAAGAAGAAGCAGCUGAAGAACCUGCACAUCAUCCUGGAUCACUACGACCCAUCUUCGACUUCCGACGAGUCUUUGCCAGACUCCCACGUCUUGCUGGAACCGAUGACAUCACAGCAAAGAGACUCAUCCUGGGACUUCAUGAACGACUUUGGCACGCUGGGACACAGGACGUCAAGAACAUCCUGAUCAGAUACGGCAUGCCUCACGCUGUGUGGCGACUGACUGGUGAUGCAGUUUCAUCUUGCAGGAUAUGCCGCAAGUUCUCACGUGCUGGACGACGUCCUCAAUUCAAAGGAGCCAACCUCAGCAUGCAGUUCAACGAGAUGGUCCAAGCCGAUCUCUACAACUAUGAUGGCGAAACCUUCCUCCUGGUCAUUGAUGAAGCAACCAGAUACAAAGUAGCAACCAAGUGUGAAAGCCGUGAGCUGAAACACAUCUUGGGCGCUCUGAUGAGGUGCUGGAUUCGCUACUUUGGCCCGAUGAGGACACUGGUUUCAGAUCAAGAGACGGCUUUGAUGACUGUCCAUGCUGGAGUUGAACUUCAACGACUUGGCAUUGCACGACAGCCUGGUGGAACCACAUCCAAACUACAAGGACAACAACAUACUGCCACAGGACUUGUCGAGAAGCACAUCGACCUGACCAAGCUCACGAUGGCAAAGAUCCAGGCCGAAGCUGCAAGAUGGGGCCUGGAGAUAGAGGGCGAAGAGCUGGCUUGCGAAGCCUGUAUGGCUGCAAACACAAUCUUCAAUGUGGGAGGCUACUCGCCGGUGACGAUGCUGUUUGGCGUCCUCCCAAGAGGCUACUUGGAACCUGAAGAACCUCUACAAGGAGAUGAGGUUUCCCCUGAUGAAUCAGCCUUUGAGAGGUCCCUUCGUCUACGACAAGUUGCCCUUCAAGCCAGCCAAGCCGCCAUCUUGGAGUCACGAAUCUCCAGAGCCAACAGGUCCAGACCUCAACGACUGCCUGUGGAAGAGAUGAUCCCUGGAACCACCAAAGUGGAGCUCUUCAGAGAUGAUGGAGGUGGAUAUGGUUGGAGAGGCCCUGCAACAGUACUCCAAAUCAAUGAAGCUGCAGGCACUGCGAUUGUGGAGUUUCAGCAGAGGCCCUACCUGGUUGGACUACGUCACCUUCGACCUCUACGGGAAACCUAUUUGCAGUUCCUCAAUGAAGCCUCAACUACAACUUCAAAAGAAGCUGAACAGGCUCUACUACGCAUGAAGAUGAUUGUGGAGGACUGCACGCCCUACAAGCCAAACACCAUGGGCGAGAUCUUGAAGAUCGAGAACGGUGAGAACAAGAUGCUACGCUUCCCCAAAGAAGAUAGCGACACAGUCAACCAGAUGCUCAAAGAUGCCAAGACAUUCCUGGACUUCCACUACAAGCAUGUAGCCUUUCAUGGAGUGUGCUUCGGAAAAGGCAUGAAGACCAUUUUGGUGCCCAAGUUCUCGAAAGGAACAUUGAUCACCUGGUCUGAAGGAAUUGUCGGCAUCGCUGUGACUGAGCACAACGUGGACUCCAACAUCCACAUCAAGGAGCUCUUUGUCAAGAACAUCGACAAGCUCUGUCAUCUCUAUCUCUACGGCUAUGUGCAGUACCAGACAGAGGACUCAUGGAGCACAGCAAGAAUCUCAAGACCACCUGUGGUCAAAGAUCAACCAGACCAACCUGAUGACGAUUCAAUGUCUACUACCAGUUCACCUGAACCUCAACCAGAAGAAGAGCGAAGUCUGAAACGUGGCGGUCCUGAGACCAGAACUGUGACUUUGGCUCCUGAACUGAAGCGACAGAAGCUCCACAUGAGCUCUCUUUGGUGGAUGCUACAACGACCAAAGAAGAUUCGACUUCCUCCUGAUGACAUCUGGUUUGAGGAUCAACAUCGGUGGACGCAAAAGAAACUACUUUCUCUACCAGCUCAACAUGAUCAAGUACCUCAACGGCCUUUGCUUCACAUGCACUGCCGCACUGAAGCUGACCUGAGAAUCUACCUGUCUGAUGGUGCCAUCUACCGUGUGGAUGAGGACACAGACGUGUUGGAUGAAGCCAAGGUCCUACAACAUUGGCCAGACUUUGAAGCUAGCGACAAAGCUGAGCUCAAGCAAUUCAUCGACGAGAAGGUCUUUCGAAAAGUUCCUCUUGAUGAACUACCACAAGGCACAGCCCUGGUUGAUGCUACAUGGGUCAGAAAGUUCAAGCGCACAGCCAACAAAACCCUCAAAGCCAAGAGCAGACUCUGUGCACGUGGCUUCCUGGAUCCUCAGAAAGAGGAAUUACCCACGAGAUCAACGACGGCUACAAGACUGAGCCAGAGGUUGGUGCUUUCUGUUGCUGCAACACAUUCCUUCUCCGUGAGAUCCUGGGAUGUGAGUGGCGCUUUCUUGAAGGGCCUGACGUUCAAGCGCAUCCAAGAGAUCCUCCAGAAGAAGGGCAUUGCAGUUCCUGACAGGAAAGUUGCCAUCAUUCCUCCACCGAAUGUUUGGAGACAUCUGGCUGAGUUUGACCCACAGUUCUUUGUGGCCGAAGGCGAUGAAAACCGAUGGGCAUUGCUUUGUGAGAAGCCUUCCUAUGGACUGGUGGAUGCCCCUUUGGCAUGGCAGCUAUCGCUCUUUGAAACUUUGGAAGAAGGUGGCUGCUGUCAAUCCCUUUUGGAUGAAAACAUGUGGCACAAGAAAUGUCCGAAGACUGGCAAGCUGCAAGGAGUUCUGACAACACAUGUGGAUGACAUUGCAGUUGCCGCCACAGACCAGUUCCUCACCGAGCAGUACAAGUUUCUUUCUGACAGGUUUGGCAAGAUCAGUGAAGAGAAGCCACCAUUUCAGCAUUGCGGCGCUCGAUACUCCCAAACUGGUUCCACCUUUCAGAUCGACCAGCAGGAGUUCAUCGACUCUAUGAAGAUCAUGGACUUGAAGGAUCUUGGAACAGAUAUGAACCGCCUGCUGAACCCAAAGGAAACCUCUAUGUUCAGAAGUGUUUUGGGUGGCCUGCUUUGGAUCACGGCAACUCGCCUUGACCUUGUCGCAGAGAUUGGCGUCUUGCAGUCACGUGUGACGAAGGCGACUGUUCAGGACAUGCACAUGGCCAACGGCAUUGUCAAGAAAGCCAAGAUGAUCCAGUACAAGGGCCUCGGAAUCACCUUCAAGCAUUUCUCUACCUCAACACCUUGGAGAUUGGUGGCUGUCCAUGAUGCAUCAUCUGCAUCGAAGGGACGAGCAUAUUCCCAAGAGGGAAUCAUGAUCCUGUUGAUGAAGGACCACCUCAACCUGGACUUACGAGUUCACUCCAUCACUGGACUGGAAGUGAGUGAAGAGAUGUUUGGUGGAGAAGCUCACAUACUAUUUGCUCAUGGAGCUCGGGCGAAGCGCAUCAGCUACUCGACUUCACACUCCGAAACCUUGGCAGCCAUAUCUGGUUUGGAAACGGCUUCCUUGGUGGCGCUACGCCUUGCUGAGUUGCUCUCCCCGAUCAAGAAACCUUCUCUACAACAACUUGCUGCUCUUCAAGAAGCUGGAGUACCCUUCUUGCCUGUGGAUGCCAUGACAGACUGCAAGGACCUGUACUCCUUGACCACAGGCCGAACAGCCUUGCCUCAGGACAAGUCCCAGAGGGUGUACAUCCUGGCGCACCGAGAGGACGACUUGGUGGAAGGUGAUGAGAAAUGGAUUCAUCAUCUGAUGACUCCCAACGACAUCAAGAUGGUGCAGCACUAUACUAAUUACAUCCAGACCUAUGACAUCAUCGAGCUCUACACCAUGGACUUCCUCUACAAGCUUCUGGCUUUUGGAGAACAGUGCCCUGUGGAAGAGGGCGAAGAAUUCAACACACAGAAGGUCAUCAUCUAUGUGAUGACCGCCAUUUGCAUUGUGAUGAGCAUUGCCAUUUUUCACUUGUGGCAAUGUGUGAAGAGGAUGGCUAUGUUUCUGAACGAAGAGACCAUCCGCAUGGUGCAGCCGCUCUCCCGAGCAGAUCUGGUGAAUCGCAUGAUGGCAGCCGAGAACAACGUCCUCGAGCUCCAGAUCCAACUGAAUGACAACAUGCGGGACAUUGACAUCCUCUACAGAACUUUGCGGCGGCGUGCUGGACCUCAUCCUGAAGAACCUUCGGCAAACAGGCCAAGACACCGAGACCGACGACCUGCUGAAGCAGAACCAGAGGGCGAGCUUGGUUCCCGUGAACAAGAACCAGAGAUCGAGCGCGCCUUCAAUGAGACGGCUUCAAGAUCUCGAGAUGGUGGAAGUGAUGAAGAACGAGGAGAAGAUUCAGGACGUGGCCCUUCCGAGAUGAUGGACAAUGCGUCAAUUGAUGAAGUGACGCACGACAUGGAUGAGCACCAGAGGCGCCAUCGCAGAAUGCGGAACAGACUCCACAUUAUGCACGUGGAGGCGAACAACAUGGAGGUCUACCUCUACACCUUGGUCCAGCAGCAUGGCCCUGACUACGUGGUUCCGAUGUUGGACAUCAUGAACCUCUAUGAAGAACAUGCUCCGAGCAUUGAAGCUCCAGGAGACUACAGAGCUCAGGAAAACUUCAUGCACCAACAGCUUCCUGACGGAACCUGGCGCUUCAUGCUGAACGAGUUCUCCGAAGAGUUUGGCGACAACGAGAACCACUUCGUGUCGCAGUUGGGCCUCUAUGGAUUCAGAAAUCGCAGAAUCAUCCUGCGAGAGAACGAAGACCUGACAACCCGCGAACGAGAAGACCAGGCCGCUCCAGCUGUGCCCUCAGCCCUUGACGCUGACAUCGCUUCCAUCAGGGCGAUGUAUGGAUCGCCAUGGCUGGGAUCGGUGGACCUGGACCGUGCUGCUCGCAGAGGCAAUGGAUGGUUGUCUGUGGCGAUCUUGACACGCCUGAGCGCGAUCGCAAAGUUUGUCUGCAAAGCGGCAUGUGCGCCCAGCCUCUAUGUGGCCUAUUGCUUUCUUGGUUGGAACCAGUUCAAACCCCAGUUGUUCGCCUCCGUUUUGAUCAUGACCAUCUCCAUCGUUCUUUACGCCAAAGAAUCCAUCGAACUUCUCUUGCGCUUCGUGCGGCUACGGCUGGGUUGUGCUGCGCCGGAGAAGAAGUCCGAGAGUCAUCUCUGGACUGCAGGAUAUAGCAAGCCGGGCAAGCCGCGCCGUUUGGAGGGUGUUAAGGAAGCGCCUUAA